ACAACGAUGGACGAGAACGACGAAGUGGGUGAGGAGUACUUGUUCAAGAUUGUGCUCAUUGGUGACUCUGCUGUGGGGAAGUCGAACUUGAUGUCACGCUUUGCUCGCAACGAGUUUGAGGCCAAAUCGAAAGCAACCAUUGGGGUUGAAUUCCAGACACAGGUUGUUGAAAUUGAUGGUAAGGAAGUGAAAGCGCAGAUCUGGGACACUGCUGGACAAGAACGUUUCAGGGCUGUUACUUCUGCUUAUUAUAGAGGUGCUGUUGGAGCACUCAUAGUUUAUGAUAUCAGUAGAAGGAGCACCUUUGAUAGCAUCAAGAGGUGGCUCGAAGAACUCGAUACUCAAAAUGAUAGCACUAUAGCAAGAAUGUUGGUGGGAAACAAGUGUGAUUUGGAGAAUCUUAGAGAUGUGAGCACAGAGGAGGGCAAAAGUCUUGCAGAAAGAGAAGGCUUGUUCUUUAUGGAGACAUCUGCACUCGAUUCUACCAAUGUGCAAACAGCUUUUGAGAUUGUCAUCCGCGAUAUUUACAGCAAUAUCAGCCGUAAAGUCUUAAACUCUGAUUCUUAUAAAGCUGAAUUGUCUGUGAAACGAGUAAGUCUGGUUAAUGAGGCAGGAUCAAAGAAAAGCUUGCUCAAUUUUUCUUGCUGUUCUUGAUGAUCUUUUAGCUUUGACUUGGAUUGGAUACUUCUUUGGAUCUUUCAAGAGUAGUUUCUUGUUCUUUACUUUUCUUUUUUGCCAGCUACUUAUGAAUCAUGACUACUAUUACUUGGGACCCUUAUCCCAAACUUUUUCAUUUUUUCCUCCAAGUUGAUGUUAUUGGGACCCAUAUCCCACACUUUCUGGAAGAAAAAUAAAGGGAAAAUGGCUUACUCUUCAAUGAAAAUGUUAUGGAGGAUGUUUAUAUUAUAAUUAAACAUUUUUAUAAUGUAAUUAAACUUGAUAAAUUAUUUUUUAUAUCCUCA